AAGUCAAGCUUGCUGCAUCAUAUUCCUAAGUACCAUGGGCUGUCCAUGGAAGAUCCAAACAAGCAUUUGAAGGAGUUUGAAGUUGUAUGCUCAAGCAUGACACCCAUUAAUGUUGAUGGGAAUAUUUUGAAGAUGAAAGCUUUUCCAUUCUCUCUUGUGGAAAAGGCUAAGGAUUGGCUUUAUGAAUUGGCACCCGGGACAGUGACUUCUUGGGAAAGCAUGAAGAGAGCGUUCUUGGAGAAGUUUUUCCCUACUUCAAGAGUCAUUCUCUUGAGGAAGAAAAUUAGCGGAAUCCAACAAAGUCAAGGAGAAUCUUUUCCGGCAUACUAUGAGCAUUUUAAAGCCCUUGUUGCAUCAUGUCCUCAACAUCAAAUGAAGGAGGAGCUUCUUCUUCAAUACUUCUAUGAGGGCCUUCUUCCCAUUGAAAGGCAAAUGCUCGAUGCUUCGACGGGAGGUGCAUUGGUGGAUAAAACUCCUAUGGCAGCCAAGACCAAUCUGCCCAAUGUACCUUUUCCUCGCAGGUUCAUGCAGAAAAAAAAGGAAGAAAGCGAGAAGGACAUUCUUGAAACGUUCCGGAAGGUGCAAGUGAACAUACCGCUUCUCGAUGCAAUCAAACAGGUUCUAAAGUAUGCUAAAUUCCUCAAGGACCUAUGCAAUACAAAGAGAAGAAGGGCAAACAAAGAGGUAGUGAAGGUAAGCGAGAAUGUGUCCGCUGUUUUGCAACGUAAACUACCUACCAAGUGCAAAGACCCCGGUAGUUUCACGAUUCCUUGUUUGAUUGGACAUAAUCGUUUUGAACAUGCCAUGCUUGAUUUAGGUGCAUCCAUAAAUGUCAUGCCUUAUUCCAUUUAUGCAUCAAUGAACCUUGGUGAGUUAAAACAAGAUGGCGUUAUAAUUCAAUUGGCCGAUCGUUCUAACGCUUAUCCCAAGGGAGUCCUUGAGGAUGUUUUAGUGCAGGUCAAUCACCUUAUUUUCCCCGCAGAUUUCUAUGUUUUAGACAUGGAGGAUUCAAACCAUGCUCCAUCAUUGCCAAUCUUGCUAGGCCGUCCUUUCAUGAAAACAGCAAGAACAAAGAUUGAUGUGUAUACGGGAACAUUGACCAUGGAGUUUGAUGGGGACAUUAUUCAUUUUAAUCUUUCUGAAACCAUUAAACAUCCAAUUGAGGAUCAUUCUUGUUUUGCUAUUGAUAUUGUUGAUUCUUUGGCACAGGGAGUCUUGGCAACCCACGGUAUGCAAUCUGACCAUAUUGCCGUGCCCCCUUGUGAUGAAGUACUUGAAAUGGUCGCUGCCCUCGAGUCAUUGCCCUUCCACUCUGGUAAGUCUCCAAUCUCACUUUUAGAUUCGGUUUUGACUAACAAGUUACUUCCAUCAACUGUGCAGCCACCUACACUUGAGUUAAAGCCAUUACCUAGUCACUUGAAGUAUGUGUUCUUAGGCCAAGAUCAAACGCUACCCGUCAUCAUUUCAAACUUAAUCACGGCUCAAGAAGAAGACAAGUUGAUAAGGGUGUUAAAAGAGCACAAAUCUGCCAUUGGAUGGACUUUGGCGGAUAUCAAAGGCAUUAGUCCCACCACGUGCAUGCAUCGCAUCCUUUUGGAGGAGGAAGCCAAGCCAUCUCGUGAAGCUCAACGUCGCCUUAAUCCACCUAUGAUGGAAGUAGUGAAAAAGGAGGUUAUAAAAUUACUUGAUUGUGGUGUUAUAUAUCCUAUUUCUGAUAGUCGUUGGGUGUCACCUGUGCAGGUUGUUCCAAAGAAGUCUGGCGUCACAGUGGUGAAGAAUGAAGAACAAGAGCUUGUCCCCACUCGUGUUGUGACUGGCAUUGAAGUAGAUAAAUCUAAGGUAGACCUUGUUCGCCACUUACCCUCUCCAACUUCGGUUAGAGAGGUUCGUUCGUUUCUUGGCCACGCAGGUUUUUAUAGGCGUUUCAUUAAGGAUUUCUCCAAGAUUUCACAGCCACUAUGCCGGUUGCUUCAAAAAGAGGUGGUUUUCGAGUUUGAUGAAGCAUGCUCCACGGCAUUCAAGCACUUGAAGGAAGCUCUCACUUCGGCUCCUAUUAUCACACCUCCAGAUUGGAGCCUUCCAUUCGAGUUAAUGUGUGAUGCGUCGGACUAUGCCAUUGGUGCUGUUUUGGGACAGCGAAAGAACAAGCAACCCCACGUUAUCUAUUAUGCUUCUAGGACACUAAAUGAUGCUCAAUUAAAUUAUUCAACCACUGAGAAAGAAUUACUUGCUGUGGUUUUUGCAUUAGAUAAGUUCCGAUCUUACUUACUUGGUACUAAAGUUGUUAUUUUUACUGAUCAUGCAGCUCUCAAAUAUUUGCUCACGAAAAAGGAGGCCAAGCCUAGAUUGAUUCGAUGGAUGUUGCUUCUACAAGAGUUUGACAUUGAGAUUCGGGAUAAGAAGGGCGUGGAGAAUGUGGUGGCUGACCACCUAAGCCGAAUGGUGCAUGAGGAAGCAAUGCCAAUUUCUGAAACUUUUCCCGAUGAACAAUUAAUGUCUAUCCAGGUAAGUGAGCCUUGGUACGCAGAUUUGGUGAACUUUUUGGUGUCUAAACAUACCCCUAGCACACUUAAUAGGAAUCAAUGUGAUAAGCUUAGAAAGGAUGCUAGGUUUUAUGUUUGGGAUGACCCAUACCUUUGGAAAUUUUGUCCCGAUCAGAUUGUCCGACGUUGUGUGAAUGAAUCUGAGUUUCAAUCUAUUUUAACAUUUUGUCAUUCAUAUGCAUGUGGGGGACAUUUUGGCACCCAACGCACUGCCCUUAAAGUCUUAGAAUGUGGGUUUUAUUGGCCAACCAUCUUUAGGGAUGCUAGGACGUUUUGCCUUACAUGUGAUCGGUGUCAAAGAAUGGGUAAUAUAAAUGCUAAGGAUCAAAUGCCACAAACCCCUAUACUUUCUGUUGAAAUAUUUGAUGUGUGGGGCAUUGAUUUUAUGGGUCCUUUUCCUUCAUCACAUGGUUUUCUCUAUAUCUUGUUGGCGGUGGAUUAUGUUUCCAAAUGGGUGGAAGCAAAAGCCACCCGUACUAACGAUUCCAAGGUAGUUGCAGAUUUUGUGAAGUCUAACAUUUUUGCUAGGUUCGGAAUGCCUCGAGCUCUUAUAAGUGAUGGAGGCUCACAUUUCUGUAAUCGUACAAUUGAGGCCUUGCUCAAGAAGUACAACGUUACACAUAGGGUGUCCACACCCUAUCAUCCUCAAACAAGCGGGCAAGCCGAGGUGUCGAAUCGGGAGAUAAAACAGAUUCUUGAGAAGACAGUGGGUCCAACAAGAAAAGAUUGGAGCUUAAGGCUAGAAGAUGCAUUGUGGGCUUAUAGGACCGCCUACAAAACACCCAUAGGAAUGUCCCCCUUUCGGCUUGUUUAUGGCAAGCCAUGUCACUUACCUGUGGAGUUGGAGCACAAGGCUCAUUGGGCCGUGAGGAAGUUCAACAUGGAUGUGGAUGCAGCGGGAAUUCAUCGUAAGCUUCAAUUGAAUGAACUUGAGGAGAUACGGAAUGAAGCUUAUGAGAAUGCUCGCCUUUACAAGGAAAAGACGAAGGCCUUUCAUGAUAAGAUGAUUCGCACCAAGUCCUUCUCUGUUGGACAGAAAGUGUUGUUGUUUAAUUCUCGUCUUCGUCUAUUUCCGGGUAAGUUACGUUCACGUUGGAUUGGACCCUUUGUUAUUACUAACGUUUUUCCUCAU